AUGGCUGUCAGAUCUCAAGAUAUCUGCAUCGCAAACCAGUGUCGUAAUUUGGAGUUCGGACCUGAGAAAGCAUUUGACGGGAAACGCCUCAUAAACCACUCAAUUCGCACCGUAGAAAUUACAGUUUCCAAAUUCUGUGAAACCUUGUGUUAUAUGGAGCCCGACUGUGUCAGCAUUAAUCUUUAUACAAGGGCAGAUGGAAAUGGAAACUAUCAAUGUGAACUGAACAAUGCUACUCACGAAGGACACGAGGAAAAGUUGAUAGAACAAGAUAUGUAUUCUUAUAACGCAGCUGAGAGCAAUUGUGUUCAAAAUCCUUGUAAGAACAAUGCAACUUGUCAAAGCGGAUUUACUAGGAAAGGUUAUCGGUGCCUGUGUACCGCUGGAUUUGAGGGUCCGAUCUGCGAUCGAGACGUCAAUGAAUGUGUUCGUGGGCUACACAAAUGCAGCUCUGAUGCGUUUUGCAACAAUACUAAAGGUUCAUACAAUUGCACAUGCAAACAUGGAUUCAAGGGAAAUGGACGAGAAUGUAAAGGAGCUUCCUCGUGUAAAGAAAUUCAUGACAUAUCCAAUGUAAGUGGUGUGGUUACCCUUCUUGUUGAUUCGCAACCAUUGUCCGUUUUCUGUCACAUGGGAAGUUUUGGGUGUGGAGAUGGAGGAUGGACACCAGUCAUGAAGAUUGACGGCAGAGAGACCACCUUCCAUUAUGACGCGCAUUAUUGGAAAAAUUACGAUGAAUUCAUCCUUCUCGGUGGAGAGACUGGGUUUGACGAACAAGAAUCAAAGCUAACCACCUUCUGGAACACCUCCUUCUCCAAGAUCUGUCUCGGAAUGAAGAUCAACCAACAGCUCAAGUUCACUGUCAUUUACAAGCUGGCUGACUCUCUGCACUCAUUAAUCGCUGAUGGCCAAUACCGAAAAACCUUUCUGGGUCGUGACGGGUGGAAAAAGUUGAUUGGCAGCAACGCCUUUUUACAGCACAACUGUAACGAGGAAGGCUUCAAUGCCUUUAGUGAUCGAAGUGAUCGUUCUAAAGUCAGAAUUGGUAUCAUCAGCAAUGACCAGAACGACUAUAAAUCAUGCAACUCUUUGAUUGGGUUUGGUACAGGAAGUCAUCCAAGAGGCGCAAAAUCUUGCGGAAACGAGGCAUACCAUGUUGGUUUAGAUAAUGGACAGAAGAGUAUCAAAGCCAUGGGGUACAUACUGGUGCAAUAA